GUUCUCCCCUCCCUCCCUCCUCUCUCUCUCUCUCUCUGUCCCACACUGGCACUCAGCCACCCAGAUACCCCCUUCCCCUCCUCUCACCCGCCUCACCCCUCCUCACCCCCCUCCCCCCUCCUCCCAAUCUGCGAUAAACUAAGUGAUAGCAGCAGCCCGUCGGACUGUCGGCUAUAAAACACAACAAAUCAUAAAGUGCAGGCAGGGGAAGGCAGAGGAAGGAGGACGGGAGGGAGAACCGUUAGCCGUUAGCCGUUAGCCUCCUUCUACUCCUCCUUCUUCUUCUUCAUCGCGUGAACGUUGUUGUUGUGUUUGUCUCGUGCCCUCCUGUCCUCCCCUCUCUCCUCUUCUUCUCCUCUCCUCUCUCCUCUCUUCUUCUCUUCUCCUCCCGUACUUUUCUCCCGAUGAGUUCCUAUUUUGUCAACUCCUCUUUCCCGGUGACGCUACCGGGAUCGGGUGGAGGCGCGCAGGCGGCGGCGGAGUCGUUCCUGGGUCAGAUCCCGCUCUACUCGUCGGGAUACGCCGCCGACCACCCGCUCAGGCACUACCCGGCAGCAGCCGUUACCGCUGCCGCGGCCGUGGCGUACGGCGCGAGCGGCGGCGUGCACCAGGAUAAACCGUACCCGGCGUCCACUUACUACCAGCAGGCUGCGAACGGAGCGUACGGCGGGCACCGGGCGGCGGCAGGAGUCGGAGUAGGGGGCGCAACCGGAGCCGGUGCUUGCGACUACGCAACGGCGGCGGCGGCUGCGGCGGCUGCAGCUGCUGCCACGAGCUUCUACCGGGACAAGGAGCACCCGUGCAGCCUGGAAGAACACCAGCUCGCCCUGAGCCAGGACGGCAUGCACCGUAAAGCGGAGUGCGCGGGGCUGAGUGGGAAAGGGCUGUUCGGUGAACCGAUGGACGACAAGCAGGCGUCAUCAGCCCCCAUUUACCCGUGGAUGCAGCGGAUGAACGCGUGCAACGGGACCUUCGGCAGCCCCGGGAGACGCGGGAGGCAGACUUACACGCGCUACCAGACCCUCGAGCUGGAGAAAGAGUUCCACUUUAACCGGUACCUCACGCGGCGGCGGCGGAUCGAGAUCGCGCACGCGCUCUGCCUCACGGAGAGGCAGAUUAAAAUCUGGUUCCAAAACCGGAGGAUGAAAUGGAAGAAGGAGAACAAGCUGAUCAACUCCUCUUCUUCUUCCUCAUCCUCUUCGUCCUCUUCUUCCUCCACGGUGAACGGUGCAGAGGAAGAGGAGAAACGGACGGAGUGAGAGAGGAGACACAAACUGAUGCAAAGACAUUAAAAAGAAGAAGAGGAGGCUGGAAGAAAAAAAAAGACAUGCUCGUUGAUCCUUUCCCCUCCCCGUCUCAAACUUUCUCCAGACGUUUGUCUGGUGUGAAACUCUGGGAAAAAAAGUAGCCUACAUUUGAUUUUAUUAUUUUUUGUUUUACGGGAGCAGGUAGAGAAGUAAGAGCGAGGAGAGGAUUUUUUUUUUUUUUUAUCCCCACCCACAAAAAUAAAAGUCCCUUUUCCAAGUUGAAUUUACCUCUCUGUGCGCUAUGAAAUAUUUGGAAGUCAUUUGAGUCUUGGGAAGAGACGGGUGGAAAGAAGAGAUAAAAUCAAAAAGAGACAAAGAAGAAAGAGAGAACAGGAGAGAGAAGAAGGGGGUGGCGGGUCAGGCUGACAUUCUGAACGUAGGCCUAUUUAAAAAAAUAAUAAUAAUAAAUUAGUAACCCAACGGUGACAAACUGUGUUAAGACACAAUUCUUGUUGCAUUCCAAGGAAACCACCUAACUUCUUGUUGUACUUUAUUUUCUGUCAGAUGUACUUCCUGUCUUGCAGGCACUUGUUUUGAAGCUUUAGGAAUUUUCUGAUUUAUUUUCUAAACGUGUUGUGUGUAUUACCUUCGAUUAAAUACGAUCAUACACACAGCCACGCAGUGGGAGGACAAAUUUGAGAAGUGUAUGUAUGUCAUAUGGUGUUCAUAUUUAAACUGUAUAGAAAUAAGCGAGGGGGUAAGAAAAAAAAUCACCCUGUACAGUGCAAAUAAUGUAAUUGCGGGUGGGGGUGGGGGUAAUUUAACCUUUCCAACUGUUUUACUUUUACAAUAUAGAGGGAGGGCUCGUGGGAGGGGGUGUUAACCUACUGAUGUUAUUCUCCAAACUACCUAAAAACGUUCAGGAAAGUGUAUAUUUUAUGAAUUUUUACAUUGUUUGUUUAUGUUAGUGUUUUUUGUCAAGUAAUUACGUAUACUACCUAUGAGAAAUGUUCAAUAAAAUGUAUAGAAAUGUC